CAGGCAGGCUAGUGACUUCCUCUAUGCUCAGCCCUGGGCACAAAGAGACUUCUGCACUCCCAGCAUAGGGAAGGCAGGAGACUGGGGCUUCUCUGGGCCACUUGAGAAACUGUCAGGAAGAAAGGAAUGAGAGAAAACCAAAACUGAGAGUCUUCUGAGAAGCAUGGGGGGUAGGAAGAUGGCAAGAGAUGAGGAAGGCGCCUAUGGCUCAGAGGAUUCCAGGGCCUCCCAGGUGCCCCAGCUGAGGGUCAUCUUAGUGGGCAGGACUGGGACCGGCAAGAGUGCCACUGGCAACAGCAUCCUGGGCCAGAAGUGCUUCCUGUCCAGGCUGGGGGCGGUGCCUGUCACCAGAAGUUGCACCUUGGCUAGCAGAAGAUGGGCCAGCUGGCAGGUGGAGGUGGUGGACACCCCGGACAUCUUCAGCUCCGAGACCCCGCGGACCGACCCCGGGUUCGUGGAGGCAGCUCGUUGCUUCGUGCUGUCGGCUCCCGGGCCGCACGCGCUACUGCUCGUCACCCAGCUGGGUCGCUUCACCACACAGGACAGUCAGGCGCUGGCCGCGGUGAAACGGAUGUUCGGGAAGCAAGUGAUGGCACGCACCGUCGUGGUGUUCACACGCAAGGAGGACCUGGCCGGAGACCCCCUGCAGGAUUACGUGCGCUGCACGGACAACCGCGCGCUGCGGGAGCUGGUGGCCGAGUGCGGGGGCCGCGUGUGCGCCAUCAACAACCGCGCCACAGGCAGCGAGCGCGAGGCUCAGGCCGAGGAGCUGCUGGGUCUGGUGGCGAGGUUGGUGAGGGAGCACGGGGGCGCGCACUACUCCAACGAGGUGUACGAGAGGGUGCAGGCCAUGCGGUGCGCUGACCCCCAGGACCAACUCGCCAAGGUGGCGGAGAUGGUGGCAGCGCGCAUGCAGAGGCGCACCAGGUUGCUAGCUGGGCUUUGGGGAUGGCAGAAAUCCUACCGGAAGGGCUGGAGAUGGGGUGUGACUGCCUUCCUGGGCGUGGCCCUCUUGAUCUACCUGCUGCUCUACAGAAAGAUCCAAGGCCUUUGGGGACCAGAACUGUCCUCUGAAAGGGGGCGGUCCAGGUUCUCUGGGACCAGCGGUACUUUUCUGUCCUUCUUUAGGAGUUCAGAAGACAGAGCCUGUGACAUGGGACGCACGGGCUUGGGGAAGUAUAGAUGCUCAGCUUGGGUGCUGAUGGGAACCCGGGGCUCAGCACUCUCCAGCCACAAGAGGGCUUUCUUGAAAAGGGGGGCUGUCUUCCACUUCUCAGCGUCAGGCUCCCAGGACUGUGCCCUCACACCUCCCCCACGGGGAAAUGAGCAGGGCAGGGAGGCUUUCCACAGGAAGCGGUGUUUUACUAAAGCAGUUCUCCUGUGUUCUGGCCGAUGUUCAAGGCCUUUCCACCUCCCCGAGGGGAUAGUCGGCCGGGCAGUGUGUGUUCCGUCACCAUGGGUUUUCUUCCUUUCCUGCCUUCCGACUCUGGAUUCAUGGCUCCGCGCGAGUAGCUGUUCUGUGAGAGCAUCGCUCAGCAGGCACAGGUCCACCGUCCACCGCCUGGCUGUAAGGGACGGCUUGGGUAAGGCGGAGGCCCCACCACGGGCUGACAGCCGCUUGGGAGACGGGGAGCCGCUGUGCACACGGAAGAGAAUGGAAGACCUUCAGAAGAGAGCAUAUGGAACUAUAUCUGAAGGACAAGCAGCCUACUGUGUAGAAGAAUCUCGCUGCCUGAGGAUCCUCCUGGUGGGCAAAUCUGGCUGCGGAAAAAGCGCCACAGGCAACAGCAUCCUCCGCCGACCAGCAUUCGAGUCCAGGCUCAGAGGUCAGGCUGUGACCAGGACCAGCCAGGCAGAGCUGGGCACAUGGGAGGGAAGGAGCAUCCUAGUGGUAGACACACCCCCCAUCUUUGAGUCAAAGGCCCAGAACCAAAACAUGGACAAGGACAUUGGAGACUGCUACCUGCUGUGUGCCCCAGGACCCCAUGUGCUGUUGCUGGUGACCCAGCUGGGACGUUUCACAGCUGAAGACGCCAUGGCUGUGAGGAUGGUGAAGGAGGUCUUUGGGGUAGGGGUCAUGAGGCACAUGAUUGUCCUCUUCACCCGCAAGGAAGACCUGGCAGAUGCGUCCUUGGAAGAGUUUGUGACCCACACUGACAACCACAGCCUGCGCAGCCUGGUUCAGGAGUGUGGGAGGAGGUACUGUGCCUUCAACAACAGGGCCUCUGGGGAAGAGCAGCAGGGGCAGCUGGCGGAGCUCAUGGCCCUGGUGGGGAGGCUGGAGCAGGAGUGUGAGGGCUCCUUCCACAGCAAUGACCUCUUCACUUAUGCUCAGGUGCUCCUUAGAGGAGGCUACAGUGAGCACCAGGACCCACACAGGUACUACCUCGCUAAGGUGAGGCAGGAGGUGGAGAAACAGAAGCGGGAGCUGAAGGAGCAGGAGGGCAGCUGGGUAGCCAAGCUUUGCGCGGUGGGUUCCUGCUCCCACACCGCAGUAUAUGGUCUUCUUAUUGCGCUUGCAUUGGUCCUUUUCAUCACUUUUGUUAACUUGUAUAUUAGCAGGUGGAAAUGAGCCUUUUCGGGUGAUUUCUGCCAUCAUCCCUGUCCUCCGAAGUUCCCUAUCUCGUGUUAGGGAACCUCUGUCUUCAAUUAAUUUCACUCUCAUGUGAUUCCCAUCGAUCAGACAUGCCCGGAAUCUUCUUCUGAAUACAAUGAACUAAAUAAAAGAUGAAAGAAAAACGUA